UCCCAGGGUGUCAGUUUCACUCUAAUAAACUGCACCGGCUUCACUCCGAUAGCCAACACAAGGAUUUGACAUCAACUGAGAGAGAGAGACGGAGAGAGAGAGAGGGGGAAAAAAUGUUACUAGAUCUGGAAUCCACGCUUCCUAAGUUCACCAACAUGGUGGUGCUUUCCAAAGAAUAUGGGUAUGUGGUGCUGACUGGCGCAGCAAGUUUCAUGAUGGUCUCCCACCUUGCCUACAGAGUUAGCAAAGCACGGAAGGAGUACAAAGUAGAAUAUCCAAUGAUGUACAGCGAUGAUCCUCAGACAGGACACAUAUUCAACUGCAUCCAACGUGCUCACCAAAAUACGCUGGAAUGCUAUUCACCGUUCCUCUUUUUCCUGGCAAUUGGUGGCAUCCAGUACCCGCGCUUGGCAAGUGCACUUGGAGGAACGUGGAUAGUUGGAAGAAUUGUCUAUGCAUAUGGCUAUUACACUGGAGAGCCCAAAAAGCGAAUCCGUGGAGCAUUUGGAUCGCUGGCUCUUCUAGGACUCAUGGGAACUGCUGUGUCAUUUGCUUUUCGCCACCUAGGAUGGCAACGUUGUCACAGAUUGGCAUAAAUACAGGCCUUAAGGGACAAAAUGUGGCACUGGACUUUGUUCAGACUCCCUGGACUUCCAACGAAGAAUGCAUGCCAAACCUCAGCAGCCAAACAUUAAGCAACUACGUCAAUUGUGGCAAACAUUUGCUCCGGAAACGUUUUGUAAAAUGAGAAUAAAGUUGCCUUACACGGUUGAUUGUUUUUAAGUUUUAAA